AUGUUUCGGGUUUAUCGCCGACGAAGCCACAGAUGCCAGCACGAUGGAGCAAAGGCGCUCUGUUUAAGGUUUUACGAUUCGUCAAAACAUGAGCUUUGUGAAGAAUUUCUUGGUUUCGGAGGGUGUCAGUCCACUACAGGGGAAGCACUGGCAGAUGCCUUUAUUGCCAAUCUGCUUGGCGCAAACGUACAGAUUGAGAAAAUGAGAGGUCAAGGGUAUGAUGGAGCGGCAAACAUGUCCGGAAUUCACAAAGGGGUUCAAGCCAGGAUUAGUGCCCGUAUUCCAGGUGCAGUAUAUACUCACUGCAAGGCACACAGCCUUAACCUGGCCAUCAUACAUGCGUUGGAAGAGGUAUUUGCCAGAAACAUGAUGUCCGUAGUACAGACGAUAGCGUUCGCCUUCAAUUACUCGGCAAAGAGAUUGCUUCAUUUCAAUGAAAACCUCAACAACGACAACGUGUGCCGUGAAGAAUUGGAAAGACGAACGAAGUUGCAGUCCUUGUGCGAGACUCGGUGGGCCGCCAGAUCCGACGCCUUGCAUACAUUCCUCUGUUCUUACAGAACUGUGGUGACAUCCGUCGAAGAGCUAGCUAACAACUAUGGUGACUCGAAGGCAGCAGGAUAUAACCAUUCAAUCCAGAAUUUCAGCUUCAUCGUCACCUUGGUUGCUGUUGAGCAUGUGUUGUCCGGAUUGGUACGCCUGUCUAAGCUUUUGCAUGACAAGUCGUGUGACCUCUUAGAAGCUGCCAGUGAAGCUCGUGUUGUCAUAGCGAUGCUACAGGCUGAACGUAACUAUGCCGACGUAUGGGAUGCGCUUUACGACAAGUCAGUAUCAACUGCACACGACGUCGAUGUAGAGUCGUCGGUCCCACGGCGAUUUGGACGUCAAGUUCACAGACCGAACGCCCCAGCAGAGACCCCUUCCCAGUACUGGAAGACAAACAUGUACCUGCCGUUCGUAGACCAUUUGCUUGUUGAUCUAGACGCACGGCUGUUGAAAGGCAAUGGACGGUACAAGGCACAGUAUCUGCUGCCUCCAAAGGUAGUGUAA